CCGUGCUGCAAGAGUAGAAGGUCAGGAAAGGCCAGCCUGCAAGGCAGCUCCCCAUCGCCCUCUUGUGGCGCACAGCCUGAAUCCCACCACUGUCCAAGAGCAGAGCGUGGGAAGAAAGGGCAGGGAGUCCACGGAGACACCGAGACCAGCCCACAGGGGGUGCUGGGCAUUACUUUGGAGCCCGGCUAUCAGUAACACCCGCAGGGGGCUGGAGGCCAGAGUGCUCCGUGGGUAGGGUGGCCAGGAACGGUGCCCAGCCAAAUGGUCCCAGGAAGGACUGGAGGUGCAAGGUUCUUAGGGAUACUGUGGAGACUGUGGGCAGAGGCUGGCUGCAUUCCAGGGUCAUCUUACCCCAGAGCUAUUCAGAGUGAACACAGCGCUUUUCUGAGUUAACUUUGCAAAGACUUUUUGUGCAACAGCUCUUGCUUCUGGGAAAGAAUUCCGACCCCGGGCUCCACCCUCUAGCAAAAGCUUGGGAAUGGUCCCUUGCCUGGGGGAGCAAGGCUCCUAGGCUUCAGAUCACGCGGAGCAGGAAGUUUCUUUGGCCACAUAAGGAAACAGCUAUAGAGUGGGGGCGUCCAGACACUCAUUGCCUGGCCACAACUGGACGCUCUUGUGAGGACAUAGAGGGGUUCCCGCCGAUUCGGCGCCCAUACCUUUAAACUGCGCACUGGCCAAUCAGGAGCCUGCGCCACCAGCGCAGCCAAUCAGCGCCCGGCGGAGCCGGCGGGAGAGAGAACCUCAUGCGGUAACCGAGGCCAGCGACUGUCCUGCCCAGGGAGCAGUAGCCAGCACGUGAUGAAGCUCAGAUGGCGUUUGACGCUAGGUCCUUCUGUGAGGACACUGUCCUCAGGUUUCCCACGACUGUGGCUUUGAGCCCUUUCUCCAAACCUGGUUCCUUGUUACCUUCUGCAUCAAGUCUGGACGUCUUGGCCCUAUGUUCAAGACCCUCUGGCUUCUAGCCCCAGCUCUCCAGCCUCCCCUCUGCUCUAGUCUUCUGGCCAGGCAGCAUGUACAAACUGACCUUUGGUUCCCUCCUCACCUCCGUCCCUUUGACUGCGGGUCAGCCUCCCACCAGCAUUGCCCUCUGUCGCUCUGUCGGAGGCCGCCCUGAACAGGAGCUUUGCGCAUAUCUCUUGUGUAAAGAGGUACUGCACUGGCAUUGCACCCACUGCGGUGCAUGUGGGCUUACCUCUGCGGCUACAAGAGGUGCAGCUCUGGGAGUGGACAUCAACUCAUGGGAGUGAGUUACACCCUCCUGUUUGUUGUAAUACUGCCCCUUGCCCUUUUUUGGAUGGAACAUUCCAUCAAAUGGCUCCCCUCAAUAAAUUGGGCUUUGGAACAUGCUCCAGCGCACUCUCUCUCUCUCUCCUGCCUCUCUUGUUUUUCUCUUGCCCCCCUUGUGGGAGCUUACAUCUGAAGGGGAGAAGCCGUCUGAAUUGCCCAAGAAAAAGGAGCUGGAGAACCAGUAUGCGCCCAGCAGAUGGGUCAUCCGAAUGGGAGCAGAGGAAGCCCUGAGGACCUAUAAGCAGAUAGGAAUUGAGGCCACUAGGAAAGCCCGUGACACCUGCAGGAGCCAGCUGCAUGUCCCCUAUGGAGAUGGUGAUGGGGAGAAAAUGGACAUCUACUUUCCUGACCAGGCAUCUGAAGCCUUGCCUUUCUUCGUGUUUUUUCACGGAGGGUACUGGCAGAGUGGAAGUAAAGACGAAUCUGCCUUCAUGGUCAACCCCCUGACAGCACAGGGAGUGGCUGUGGUGAUAGUGGCAUAUGACAUUGCCCCCAAAGGCACCCUGGACCGGAUGGUAGACCAGGUGGCCCGCAGCGUUGCCUUUGUUGAGAAGCGGUAUCCAAGCAAUAAGGGAAUUUACCUGUGUGGACACUCUGCUGGGGCCCACCUGGCUGCCAUGGUCCUCCUGACCAACUGGACCAAGCAUGGAGUAACACCCAACUUUAGAGGCUUCUUCCUGGUGAGUGGGGUCUAUGACCUGCAGCCCCUCGUGUUCACCUCACAGAAUGCUGCUCUCCUCAUGACCCUGGAAGAUGCUCAGAGGAACAGCCCUCAGCGGCACCUGGAGGUGGCCCGGGCACAGCCUGUGGAUCCAGCCUGCCCUGUGCUGGUGGCUGUGGGUCAGCAUGACUCCCCCGAAUUCCACCGCCAGUCCAGGGAGUUUCAUCAGGCACUGUGCCGAGGUGGCUGGAGAGCCUCCUUUGAAGAACUGCGUGAUGUGGACCACUUUGAAAUCAUUGAGAACCUAACCCAGAAGGACUAUGCACUCACCCAGAUCAUUCUGAAAACCAUCUUGCAGGAGUUCUGACCACAUCUGGCCCCACCAGCAGAGAGCCCCUGGAGCCAUGCUGUCUGCCUGCUGUAGCCCCUCCCUCCUCACUGCUGAUAACACUGGCAAAAACCUCCAUGUCCUCCAGCCACCCAGCCUGCAUUAAGCCCCAGGGAAGUCCCCAGGUCAGUGCUGAGAUACCCACAGCCACCUUGUGGCCAAGUCUGACCCCUUUACUUGCUGCAAGGUAUGACAAAAAUGACUUGCCUCUGGCUCACUGUUUUGUACAGCUUGUGACAGUUGUGAGUAUCAAAUUGGGAUAACUGGGGCCAGGCGUGUGGCUUAGCUGUAGAGCACCUGCCUGGCAUGGAUGGGCAAGACCCUGGGUCCCACCCCCAGCACUUCACAAACAGAAACCAGAGUCACUAGGAAGGAACCCUCCCACACAUGUGCCUCCAAGGCCACUGUGAGGAAUCUCUCAAACUGCAUCCUGCACAGGACACCUGUGACAUGUGCCCACCACUGAGCAACCUAGCUCCUACAACAAGCCGUGUGGCCUGGGUGCCUCUUUCAGAACAGUCUAUGCAGACCCGUCCUUUCUUACUUUUAAAUGCCCCCUCACCUGAUUCAUCUCCAAAUCCCAAAAAGUGACCUGAAAAGUAACCUCGACUGGAACCACUGGUGCCAAGAUGGAGUGGUUUCUCUCACCACUGCUUAUUCACUGGACUUUGCUGCAGAAUUAAGAAAAUUCUUGGGGCUGGGGAUAUAGCUUGGUUGAUAGAACGCUUGCCUCACAUGCACAAGGUUCAAUACCCAGCACCACACACAAAAGAAAUUUCUAAAGCAAAAACAUAACCUACAAUGAAAACAGCUUUUGCUUAAAGAUGACAAUAAAAUGUUGCAAUUUUAAAAAAUGCCUCCCUUCAACCUCUUCAGAUGCACCUAGGGUCUACCACAGCAUGUGUCUGGGAUUAUAAUCCCCGUCUGUUCCCAAAUAAGCUCUGAAAAAAUACUUUUCCUGGGCCUCAUACCAGACCUGCAAUCUCAGCGACUCUGGAGGCUGAGGUAGGAUAACCAAAACUAUGAGGCCAGCCUCAGCAAUUUUGUGAGAUCCAGUCUCAAAAACAAAUUUUAAAAGGGUUGGGGUGUAGCUCAGUGGUAAAGUACCCUGGGUUUAAUUCAAACACCACCAAAAAAAAAAAAAAAGGAUGGUCUCUUGUCAUUCAUUUCAGACCCACAAA